AUGCAGGGUGAUGCAAGCCAUGAUCUCGUCAAGACUGCGAUUCAUAGUUUGAGUUGCAUGACCCACCGUGGUGGUAUUGCCGCAGAUGGCAAGACUGGAGAUGGUUGUGGUUUGCUCUUGGCGAUGCCAAAAAAAUUCUUC